GGGAAAUUGAAUUAGAUGUAGAACAUAUCCUUAAAAGCAACAACUUUUGACACUCUUUGGCGCUGUAUAUUCCCCACAAUUUGAUUUUGGCACCGCGAACGGCCAUCGGCAAACUCCACAAUGAACCCGCCACCUCCUUUUCCGCCUUACUACUACCACCAGCCUCCACCACCCUUCAACUCCCUUCCGCCCCCGGCAGCCAUACCACCGCCGCCGCCACCACUACCAGCCUCUCAUCUUCAACUACUUCCAGAAACAGCAGCUCCCGAUCUUCCCACCGCCCUCUCUGCACUAGCUUCCCUCCUCCGCCUAACGGAAACCACUCUCAAUUCACUGUCGCCUUACCUCCCGACGCCAAAUCCCUCCGCUCUAAUCCCUUGCCCCUUCAAUCCUAAUCACCGUCUUCCCCAUUCGUCCCUCUUCUCUCACUAUCUAUCUUGCCCUUCCUCCUUCGCCCCCAUUUCCGACCCCCAAUCUCUCCUCGAUCCUCUUCAUUACCCCCAAGCCUUACAUUCUACCCCUACAAAAUCAUCCCGCCCGAUUCUCCUGAACCCUACCUCCCCAGACCUCAGAUUUUCCCUCAAAUACUUCAUGAAUGUCCCGCAAAACUUCUUCUACUUUAACUGCCCUGCUGCUGUCAUUGUUGAUCCUUUCAAUACUAAUGGGUCCUCGUCUCCAAUGUUCUCGUUGCCCGGAAAAUUAUCCGCAGAAUGUGCUAAUUUUCGGAGUGAUGGUGAUUCAGAUGAAAAGAUUUCGCUAUUGGAGUCUAUUAGGAUGUUUCCUUCGGAGAUUUGGGCUGUACGGUAUGAAACUGAGGGGUGGGUUGAUUAUCCGUCGUCUUAUUCUUGUAGAUUGCUUAGGUCUAUUUUGAGCUUCUUCAAUAGCGAUUUAUCGGGUGUGCUGACUUGGGUUAUUGAGAAUUCGCCUAGAUAUGGUGUCGUUAUUGAUUCCACCAUGCGGGAUCACAUAGUUUUGUUGUUUAAACUGUGCCUGAAAGCCAUCAUUAGAGAAGCUAUUAGCUUCUCGGGGGUUUUAUCCGAUGAAAGGGCGGAUAGUGAAAUGGGCUUGGGUGAGAAGAGAUUCGAUUGUCCAGUUUUGAUGAAGGCAAUGAUGUGGUUAGGGUCUCAACUUUCUGUCCUCUACCGUGAAGUUAGUGGAAAGACUUUUGCAAUCAACAUGUUGAAGCAUUGUGUUAUAGAUUCAGCAAUGAGAACUUCAUGUUUCCCUGUGGUUGAAAUAGCCAAGGAUUCUUCUGAUUCAAGGGAACUGGAUGCUAACUCUGAAGGGACAUCAGCAAAUAGUGGAAAAGAGGUGCUAAGAAGGAUGAUGCAUGAGAGUGUUCAGAAAAGCAAGAUUUUCGUUAACCAAGUAGCUGCUUCUGUUGCUGCCUUGUAUGAGAGAUUGUCACUCGAAGAGAAAAUCAAAAGUUUGCGGGAUACAAGACAACUUACUGCACAUCAACGAGUUGUAGAGCAUGAAUGCAUUUUAAACAAUGCUAAUGAGGAGCUUCAGAAACGUUCGAACUACAGACCUAUCAUUGAUCAUGAUGGGAUACUUUCGAAGAGGAGGCAAAACCAGGAGCCAAAUAGAACCAAAACAAAAGAAGAGUUACUAGCUGAGGAAAGGGAUUACAAACGUCGUAGGAUGUCUUACCGCGGCAAGAAGAUUAAACGAUCGACAACACAGUCUCCGUCAGAGCAUAGUGCACCUUUCUGAAGGGAAUGCUUGUCUGUUUACCAGGUGAUGAGAGACAUGAUAGAUGAAUUUAUGGAUGAAAUUAAACUAGCUGGUGGACUUGAUUUUGCAAAAGAAGCUGAAGGGGCAGAAGACACAGCUUCUGGAAAUUCCCCUGUCCAUAAUGCUGCUUCAGAUGUUGAGUUCAUGAACAAACAAGCAUCCACAGGGCAUCCUCAUGUUCAUGGAAGCUCUUUGCAUUUUGAUGCUGGUGGACAUUCGAAGAAUUCUGAGGAUAAGGAUGGUGAACGUGAUGUAAAAAAUAAACAUGAUUCUGGUUCUUUUUAUGACAAUGGGAAUAAUGACAGAAGCAGCAGAAGGGGAAGACAUCAUCAAAAGGCCAGUUCCAAAAGCCGCGAUCGGGGAAAAAGUAGCAAGCACUCACAGGAGCACACACGAAACCGAGGUGAGCACGAUGAUUCUGAAGUAUCGAGGGAAACAACCUCUCGGAGUUCAAAAAGAAAACUACAUGAUGAAAGGCGUUAUCGAAGCGAGGAAAGCAGGCAUGAUUCAGACCAUGGGCAUGAACACUCAAGAAAGAGGCGUAGAGAUCGCAAAUCAGAUUCAGUACAUACUGAGUUUGAGGAUAGAUAUGAUCCUUCGAGUACACGCUAUGAUUAUGAACAUGAUGCCUAUUAGUCUACAUAUGGAGAAAUGGUAGCAGUUUCAUCACAACCGUGUUUGCUAUUGUCGCUAGCUUCCUCUGUGUUGGGUAAGUUUUAUCAAUUGACUUGCUCUUUCAGUUACUUGUCAAAGGGUAAAGUUUGACGUAAUUCUUUUCCCUCGCCUGUUUCAUCACUUGCAGUGUAUUGUCUGACUGGAGUUGCAGUUUAUCAGCCUGUAUCCUCUUCUGUAUCCUCAGUUGUUAGCGUCUAAUUGUUCUAAUUCUUAUUACACUGCUACUGUUUUUUUUCUUUCCUUUUUUUCCUUGUUGCUUUCUCUUACGUGAUUGUGUUUGUCCUGGUCUUUGGUUUGCCUGCUUGUGGUUUCAUUUUGAUUUAUGUAUUGGAGUCUAAAAACUUGACUGACCUUACCAAAUGUAGAAAUUUGGAUUUCUAACAGUGAUUAGACCUGAUCGUCUUGGUGAAAACAGUUGUUAGGUCAUUAGGAUUGUGGCAGAUUGUACUAUGCAAAUUUGCUGUGCACAUCUAGCGUAGGAUGAUUGCGCAAUUCAUUUUAUAUAUGCAUUUAGAUUGACGCUCCUUGAGUGUAAUAGUUGCUUGUUGCUUCCUAGGUUUGGCCGGAGAAAGAAAAUAUUAGUUCUGUGCACAGAAAACUCUGUCCCUUCUUUUCCCCUCCCCUCCUCAACCCGCCCUUCAUUUUAUUUUUUUUGGAUUGAUUUCUGUGGUUGUCGUUUGACCAUUGAACAUAUUCGAGUUGCGUCAACGGUUGGUUUUAUUUAUGAAGGGCUUGAGGGUAAUGCUUAUGCUGGGUUACAUUUGUUAACAUCAUGAUAUAUCCAGAAAGUCGUUGACACACAGUUUGAGACGAAAUCCUCUCAUUAGCAAACUUAGAAAACGAUCCGGGCACGGUAAGUUCUCGAGUAAAUUGGACUAGAAAAUAUCUCCAAUGGAGACAAUAGCCAAAAAAGAAAAAGAAAAAUGAUGGCUAGCCUGCCGUAAGUGCUUAUGUACCAAUUCCAGAAUUGCAAGAAUCGCGUAUCCCCAAUUUUAUAGUAUUGCACGGGGUAGUAAUGAUCAUAUGUCAUUGGAGAUUUUGAAGCCUUCAUUUCUGAGAACCAUGUGUUUAUAAACACCAUGAAAUGACGAGAGCCAAUCUUCAUUGGGAUCAAGAGUCAAAAAGAAAGCCUUUGUUUUCUGACAAUGUUGUCUUCACUGUCUGUGGGAGAAGGGAUCUGUCAGCUUCAGAGAACUAUUACAAUCUGCCACUUGUAAGCUCCUUGGGUUUUCUGUAAGAGUGUCCUAGUCCCAAAGUACCCCAAUUAGAGCAUUCAUUGUCCCAAACCCACGUGCUCUCACACACACACACACACACACACACACAUUCUCACACAUAAUCUCAACCGGUGAAAAGAGAAUAUAUUCUGUAGAUAUUAUUUCAUUUCAUCACAUUGGAAUGGAUGCUCUCUGUUGGUACUAGUACGUAGAUACCAUAAGCUAGCUCUCAGAAAAAAUGAGCACCGUCUCCAUAAGCUAGCUCUCAUAAUAUAUCCGUAUCACGUUUCUGCAUAACUCUUAUGGUUACUGUUAUUCCUUUUUCUUUUUUUUAAAACCCCUCUUGAAAUCAUUCUCGCCCCUGAACAUAAGGAUGAUUUGAUUGUUAUUUCACUUCUUUGAAAUCAUUUUGGAACCGAGAAAGUAUAAAGUUUCAAUAAUCCUUGUAAUACACUCCUAAACUUCAAAGGCUCAUCAGUUACUUUAGUCAUUAAGAGAAGAAUACAGUGGUCAUUUUCAUGUCUAGUGUAGUGUUUGUUACUAUAUGCUAAAUCAACUCAGGGCCUAAGACCCCAGUCUCUUUCACAAAGAACGUGUGUUUAUUUUAUGUAACAAACCAAAAUAUUUAUAUAUAUGCAUGGAAGCACGUAUGUUUGAAGCUGUUCUCCCUGAUUGGAGGUCUCCUUGAUCUUACGUUGCGUAAUAUGGCAUGCGAUUUCCAGAGUAGUUCCCAAUUGUGGUAUAUUUAAUUAAGAACCUACACAAGAAGUCGAUGAGCACCCAACUCAAUUUUAUUGUAUUUCUUUUUUCUCCUUCUCUUUGAUGAGCUAUCUCCAUCAUCUCAAGUAUAGUCUCUUAGGAGAGAACUGGUAACUGGAAAGGUGAUUGUAGGAUCACUAACUAAUACUCUCUCCGUCCCAUAAUUAUUAUCCAGUUUGGAUUUUCAUUUCUAGUUCAAAUUAUAUUAAAACUGAAAGUACAAACUGGACAAUAAUUUUAGGACGGAGAGAGUAUUAUCUUAAUGAAAAUAGAAGUAGAAAAUGGGCAAUCUGUCAGCAGUCACAGUAAGACCGAUAGGGGAAGCCUUAUCUUCAAAUACAUCUUCACUAAAUAUAUUUUUUAUUAGUUCAUUGAUCACGGACACAAAUAGCUAGAUUAGAUGCAUGAUGUAAACCCACUGGGGAAAUGUACAUUUGCCUGGUCACUAAAGUUCCCAGUUCGAAAAAGAUAUUCCCCAAUUUUGUAUCCGUAUAAGCUCAAUACAAUAAACAAAAUUCCUUUUUUUUUUUUCUUGUUAAAUGCAGU